UCUGCCUCGUGUGCUUGUCGCUCGUGAUAACUGUUGAAUCAACGAGUGGUUGCCGAAGACACUGGCCCAUUCGUUCGCAACGAGGACGCAACGCAGUCUUCAACCAAACGCGUAACGAGACGGUACUCUGCAACGCCAGUUCAAAUUGUACGCAACGGGAAUUUACAGUUAAUUUUGAAGGAUAAGCAAGCACAAAUUGAACGUACAGAAAGGAUUUUGUGCAGCGCCCCAAAAGUAAACCGUGUCUAGUUUUGAAAAGUGUCAAAGAUAUUAAGUUUGUAAUUAAUUCAAACGUUGUGUGGAUGCCACUAGCCGCUUGCUCCACUUGGAGGUGUCAAAUGCGUUUCGUUGAUUUCGGGCAACGCAGCUGCUGAUUCAAAAUUCGCCUCUCACAACUGCUCUCGGCUCCAGUUCCCGCUCCGGCUCCGGCGCGCUCUCAAUUUGCGGCCAGCUUUAGUGACAUAGAAAUUUUGUGAAAAUCGUGUAACUUGUAUUUGGCCCAUGCCACAAGCUCCACAACUCACUGGGGCACAGUUCACUAACGUUGGCGCCAGUCGCAGAUUAUAAGACGCAGCUUCAAAUUGCCGCAAAAAUAAAACAAUUCUUCACAAAUAACAAUAAACACGAAAAAAAAAUAUAUUAAAAGAAAUUUAAAUAAAAAGAUUUAAACUGUGCUACAUACUCCAAACUUAAAGUCGAAUUGUAAUCGCGUGUGUGCGAACGUGUUGGGUGUGCAAGUGCGUGUGUGCCGCGUUGCGUGUGUGUGCGUGUGUUUGUGCGUGCUGCGUUUGCCGCUGUGUGUGUAUAUAUACUUUGCUAACUUGUAUUGCGUGGCGGCGCCAAAGCGAAAAUUUCCAUAAAUAUUGGCAAAGCCAACAGCAGAAACUGAAACUGCAUUUCGGCUCACAAGUUGUGCCCUGUCAACAGCUCAAAACUUGGCCAAAAACAACAACUACACUAGCAAAACGACCAGCAAAUAACAAUAACAACAACCUGCGUAUGCUAUAAAAUAGGUCAGCUCACAACAAAUGCAAUAAGCAAAGACGUCACGUUGAUUAAAAUACAGCUAUAAAUUUGAAACGCCCCAGGAAAAUGCAUUGCAGCAGAACAAGCAAUUAAAAUAGAGACCGAAACCAAAACGGAGACCAAGGCCGAGGCUGCGAUUGCAACAAGGAGUUGUCCUGCGAACGAGUCCUGCCCCGAGUGUCGACUGUUUGGUGUCGCCCUGUGCUAAAAACCUAUUUUGAAUAAUUAAAAUUCAGUAAGUGUUGCUGCUGCUGGUGCUGCUGCAACUUUUGCAACAAUCUGCAGGCGUCUGUAACAAACACAACAACAACAAGAACAACAAUGAUAUAAUUAAUUCAAUGCACCUGAAUACGAAAGCUUACACACGAAACUCCUUCAAAUCCAAUUGAGUGCAACAGCCGCAAGAGCACAACCACAAGAACAGCAGUUAGAACAACUGCAACAACAACAACCACAACAACAACCGCGACGACAACAACAACUAAGUUUACUCAAGCCAGCUGUAAAAUGGCGGCACACCGGCCAAUGGCAACAAUUAGCCAAUGCAAGGACAAGCGAAGACAAAUCCGCAGCAGGACACAUCUAACCGAGAUCCUGCGCCGCACACUGCCCAUUGUUAUCAUCGUCGUGCUGCUGCUAACACAGCACUGGGAAAGCGCCAGCGCCCAGAGUCUGAUGGCCAAGCAUGAGCCCAUGUUCAUAUCACGUUCGGAGACAUUCAAAUUCAUAGCCGGAGAUAUUAUAGUGCUGCCCUGUGAGGUGGCCAAUACGGAACCAUACGUGGUUGCCUGGAAACGAGGCAUUGCCAUUUUAACCGCCGGCUCUGUAAAGGUGACGCCCGAUCCACGCGUCCGUUUAGUUAGCGGAUUCAAUCUACAGAUACGUGACGCUGUGCCCCAGGAUGCUGGCGAUUAUAUAUGCCAAAUUGCCACGAUGGAACCACGCGAAAUAACACACACCGUGGAAAUACUGGUGCCACCGAGGAUUCAUCACAUUAGCACCGGCGGACAUUUGCAAGUCAAAAAAGGUUCAUCAGUGCGCAUUGAGUGCUCGGCCUCUGGUAAUCCAACGCCAAAUGUGACUUGGAGCCGCAAAAAUAAUAUUUUGCCCAACGGCGAGGAGAAACUACACUCGCACGUCCUGUCAAUCGAGAAUGUGGAUCGUCAUAAGGGCGGCGUCUACAUAUGCACCGCCAACAAUGGCGUCGGCCAGCCCGCAUCCAGCCAGGUCGUGCUGCACGUCUUAUAUCCGCCCGAAAUCUCCGUGGAGCGUCCCGUUGUGUUCUCCGGCGAGGGGCACGAGGCGAUGCUGGUCUGCAUCGUGCAUGGCGAAACACAGCCUGAGGUAAUUUGGUUUAAAGACACCAUGCAAUUGGACACCACCGAGCGGCACAUCAUGGAGAAUCGCGGCUCACGUCACACGCUGAUUAUACGCAAAGUGCAUCCGCAGGACUUUGGCAACUACUCUUGCGUGGCUGAGAAUCAGCUGGGCAAGUCACGCAAAACUCUGCAGCUGAGCGGAAAACCGAAUGUUGCCGUUUUUAAUUCACCGGCAAUCAGUCAAUACAAGGACAGAUACAACAUCUCGUGGGCGGUCGACUCGCAUUCACCCAUCGAGGAGUACAAGUUGUCCUUCCGCAAGCUGCCACAAGGACAUGAGGUCGUUGACAAUGCCAUUGACUCGCAAUCCUCGUCGUCAUCGUCCUCAUCCUCCUCCUCCUCGUCUUAUGGCGCUGCCAGCCACAAUCAUCGCAUUGGCAGCAACUUGGCCAACUAUGGCGGCUAUGGCAAUCUGAUGCGCUGGGGCCACAACGAUUGGCGCGAUGUGGUGCUGCCCGCCGUUCCACUGUCACACCACUAUGCGCAGGGCAUGAGCUACAUGGUACGCGGACUGGAUCCCGAUCAGCAGUAUGAGGCCACAGUGCAGUCCCGCAAUCGCUAUGGAUGGAGCGACUUGACCAACAGCUUCUACUUUUCCACAUCGUCAAAUGAUGUGCUUGUCGAUUUGUCCACAUUCUUAAAUCACGGUCAGUCAGAUAACGAGAUGCGGGAUCUGAGUGUUACCUUCUAUGGCAGCGGUGCGGUCAAUCGACAGAAACUGAGUCUGGUAACACUGAGCGGCGUUACGCUAAUGCUUAAACUAAUCAUGGCUUAGACCCAUCGCAAUAGCUCUAAUUGGAUUUAAGUAACGAAUUUCACCGCCAAUAGCAUUACAAAUUGAACGAGUUUUUGGUUUGUUUUGGAUUACUUACUGAAUGGCAGCCGAACGGGCAGUGGGCCAGAUUGAAGAAAAAAGAAAGGAAGAAACAAAAAAACAGCUCUAGUUGUAACUAGCUUAAGACAUGCAACAUUUUCUCAAACUAAACUCAACUCUCAAUUUUAAAAAUUCUCAGAACAUUUCAAACAUUAAACGAAAAACAAUUUAAAAACUAAAGAGCAAGAAAUGGAACCAUAUAAGUAUAUAUACAUAUACUACGAUACAAUCAAUGUAAUAGCGUAAGCAACUGUGCAUACAACAUAUGCAUACACUCACACUCACAAACACAUACACACACAUUAAAAUGGAUACAUAAAAAAAAUAUCUCAACAUUUCAGCACUCAAAACUCCAGUGUACAUAGAUUUUAUUGCAUACUCUUAGGUGUAGGCAAAAAACUGCACUAAAGAAGCAAGUGAGGGAAAGAGGAAGCGAUAGGAAGCUAAAUGAAUUAUGAUAUAAAGAUACAGUACAACAAAAAGAUACACACUCACACAGACACACACACAUAGUUGUAUUUAAAAUAAUAGCAUUGCUUGAGUGUCUGCGUAUCUUGUAUCUAGUAUCAAGUAUCUUGUAUCUAGCAUUUAGUUAUUGUAUGUGUUAAUUAAAUUAACAUGCCAGUGCUUAGCCAAUUAUUCGUACUCAAACAAAAUGCAUCCAAAUAAAGUAUAAAAAGUGAAAUGAGUGUGUAUUUAUUUGCACAUAUUUAGAUGAAAUACCAAUAAGUUUGUAUUUCAAUUCCAAUAUGAUAAAGCAAGUCGCAGUUUUUUCUAGCUUUUUGCUAUUUUGAUGUCUGUAGAACUAAGUAGCAUAAAUAACAGCAGAUAAAUUAAUAAGCUUUGAUUUCUACAUGUAAAUUACAUAAAUACACGUACACACAAACACAUACACACACACAUACCCAACACAAAUUCACAAACACACAUAGUCUAUAAAUUACUGCUUUGUAUUGCAUAAGUGUAAAUAAUUAGAAUUGAUAUCGGACAAGAGCAGCUUAAAAGGCCAAGUAGCAAUCCAAUUGAGUAGCGGCAAGUGCUACCUGCAUCUUAUGGAUACAUAUACAAAUAUUAAUUAUACAAAUAAAUAUAUAUUAGCAAAUUUAUUCCGUAACGCAUUCGACUUGAACACCGUAAACAGGGUGCGGCCCAGGUUGUUUUUCUUCCAAUUUUCCAACAUUGUUUUCUUUUGUAUAUAAGCUGCACGAAGAUAAUUCCCAUUAAAUAAGAACUAUAUAUAUAUAUAUAUAUAUAUACAUAUAUAAAUCGCACACACAAAAUGUUGCAAAAGGCACUGUUUGUUCGCAGCACCCUGUAUUAUAAUUUUUAGAAAAUUUUCAAAGCUAGGCAAAAUAUUUCAUCUAGUCAAAUGCAGUAAGUACAUCAUAAGAAUACAAGUCAUGGUUAAUUUAAAGCAGCUGUUGCUUAAAAAAAUAUUGAUAAAAAAACAUAAGAUUAUAUGUAAACACGCAAGUCGAUUUACAAAUAAAAAUAAAUAAACAAUUUACUCAAAACAGCUUUUAAUUAAUAACAGUCAUUUGCCCAAACGAACGGCUGCAGAUAAAAAAAAUAAAAAAAAUGAAAACAAAAAAUGGAAAUCAGAAAAAGAAAAACAAAAUCUUAAAACGGUAUUAAAAAAUUGUAUGUUUAAUUCAAACUCAUGGCCAAAUGCAGAAACAGCAAGGCAAACGUAUUUAUAAUUAUAUUAAAAUAGUGCGUCACACAUACAUAUGCAUAUGGUAUACUAUAUACAAAAGAUAUGCAGCAAUGAAAAAUGACAUUAAAAUAUUCAAACAAAGACACUUUUCGCCAUUAAAUAAAAUAUAUACGUAUGCGAUUUUGUUUAAGUGAAAUUGUCCACGCCCCACUUAGCCCUAUCCCGCCCCCAUUCCAACCCCCUCCAAUUGCUUAGAGUCCAAUAUUGAUAUAAUGAUCUUCUAGUAUGUAUAUGUAUACG